AUGGGUCAAAAAUUAUCAUAUAUUGCACCGUCAGCUCCAACAAUUGCAAUCUCAUCAUACAUCGACGCUUUAGGUUAUUCAUACAUUGAAAUAUUAAAUAAUUCAAGAUUUUUACGCACUAUUAAAGCUUUAGAUAGUAAUGGUGAUCUCGUAAUUAUUAAAAUAUUAAUUAAACCAACAACAACAAAUAUAAACUUACAAGAAAUAAUUCAAUUAUUAAUUAAACAAUCUUCAAUCUUGCAUGAUUUCAACAAUAUUUUAACUUAUGAUAAAUUUAUAGAGACUGAUAGAGCAGGAUACAUGAUUCGACAAAUGUUGAAAACUAAUCUAUAUGAUAGAUUAUCAAUCCGACCAUUUUUGGAGCCUAUUGAGAAAUUAUUCAUCAUUUAUCAAAUUAUAACAAUAGUUGAUAAUUUACAUUCUAAUAAUAUUCAUCAUGGUGAUUUAAGAUUAGAAAAUUUUUUAUGUUCUAGUUGGAAUUGGAUUUAUUUAACCGAUUUUUCAAAUAUUAUUAAACCAGUUUAUAUUCCCGAAGAUAAUCCAAAUCAAUUUUCAUUUUAUUUUGAUUCUUCAGAUCGAAGAGUUUGUUAUAUUGCACCAGAGAGAUUUUAUAAGAGUAAAGAUUUUGAUAAUGUUUCUCAAAGUUCUUGUUCAAUUAAUGAUUCAAUGGAUUUAUUUAGUCUUGGUUGUAUAAUUGGUGAAAUUUAUAAUGAUGGUGAUGCUAUAUUUAACCUAAGUCAAUUAUAUAAAUUUAUGAAGAAUGAAUUUAAACCCGAUUUUAAAAAUGUAGAAACUGGAAUAGUUGAAAUUAUUGAAAAAUUAAUAAAAUUGAAUCCAAGUGAAAGAGUUUCAGCAAGGGAAAUACUUAACGAACAACAGAACUUAUUUCCAUCAUUGUUUAAUUGGUUAUAUAAAUUUUUGGAAUCAUUUAAUAAGUUACAAAAUUCUGACGACAGAUUAUUAUACAUUUAUGACAAUUUUGAAAAUAUAAGUAAUCAAUUAGGUUUUACUUAUGAUUAUUCAGAAAAUUCUGGAAUACUUCCAAUGAGACUUAAUUUACCUUCCAUGCCAACGAAUUAUCAAAUUAAAUCUAAUAAAUAUUCUCAAUCAACUAUUAUUAUCCUACAUGCAACAACAACAUUAUUAAAUACAUUACUGAAAGUUAGUCUUAAAAUUAAAGCUUGUGAUUUGAUAGUAUCCCUUUCGGAAUAUAUCACAGAUGAAUCAAAAUUAGAUAGAUCUAUACCUUAUUUAUGUUCAUAUUUAGAUGAUGAAAUAGUACAAGUUUUAACUCAUGCAUUAUAUUCAAUAACUACUAUAUUAUUAACAGUAACAAAGAUUAAUCCCAUUAAUACUUCAUUUUUCAUUGAAUAUUUACUUCCCAAGUUGCAUCAAUUAUUAUCUAAAUCAGAUAUUAUAUCAUCUACAAUUGCUAUUGUUUUACCUUAUUUAAGUACAGUAGCUAAAAAAUUUUAUAUAUUAUCUAAAUCAUUUAAUACUACUAUUGAAAUAUCAAAAAUGCAACUAGAUAAUAAAUUUAAAGAAAUAACAUUGAAUCUAUUAACUGGAUCAACUACUGUCAAAUGUUCAUUAUUGAGUAAUAUUUUACCACUUUGUCAAUUUUUCGGAAUUGCAAAAACAAAUGAUAUUAUAUUACCACAUUUAAUAUCAUAUUUGAAUGAUAAUAAUACGCAAUUGAGAAUAACUUUCCUAGAUUCAAUAUUGCAGAUUUCAAACUAUAUAGGAGCAAUUCUGUUUAAGACAUAUAUACUUCCUAUACUACUCGAUUCACUAAAGGAUAAAGAAGAAUUAGUUAGAUUGAAAAUAUUACAGAUAUUUAUUAACAUAGUUAAAGAUAGAUUGAUUAUUGAUAUUGACCUAUAUCAAGAGUUAAUCCAAGCAACUAGGAACUUUCUAAUUGAUAAAAAUGAGUAUCUUAAACAGAAUACUGUUGUUUUGAUACUUUGCAUAUGUGAAAAUAUGACAUAUGCUGAGAAAUUUUGUAUUUUAUAUCCUUUAAUUAAAAAUUAUUUGGUUUAUGAUAUUCCUUAUAUUGAUUGGAAUACUUUAUAUCCAUGUAUAAAGAAAAAAUAA